CUUUUUUUUAUUUUGUAUUAAAACUUCAACCUCAAUACAAACAAAUUUUUAUAGAUUUAUUUAGAUUAAUACUACAACUGUAGACAAUGGUCAAGCACACACGCAUAUAUCUGUAUAUUUGUUAAUUUAUAACGUAGUAGAGGUAAUAAAGUUAAUGUAAUUAUAAAAUUUAAAAAAAAAAAAAAAACUUCAUUUACGCAUCGUUAAAAGUUCUGUGGGAAACACCAGCAUCAUCUACGACAAAUGCACUCUUACUAUAUCUCUUUAAAUACUUUUAUACUGUUACUCUGCUAAAUUUUGUCGAAAAAUAAAUUUUUUUUUUUGUUUUUUUUUUUUUUUUCUUUAAAUUUUUUAACGAUUUAGUCAUAAAUAGAUUAUAACAAUAUUAGAAAAAAUAUGUAAGAAGUAAGAGUAAGAGUAAGCGUAGUCGUACGAAAACUGAACAACAAUCGUUAGCUUAGAAGUUCUCCCCCUUCGCUGGCAGUGCUUUUGCACAAUUUUUGUUUUGUUUUUUUCGACGUAUAACGACGAAAGAUGUAUGCAGCGGCAGGGGGUGCUUCGUUGGCGUCACGCCAGGCUCGUCAACGGCAACGACAACAAAAGAAGACUCAACAACUCCAGGCGAAACUACAUCCACCGAAGGGACCGGGUUUAUCGGUCACGGAACAUGGUGCUUCCACACCUACGCGUCAGUCGCGUCAAUUUCAUCAGCUACCGACCAAUUACCUACGUACUCCACAGGCGCAGGUACGUAAGCUUAGCGCUAGCUACACGGCGCAAUCUAAGCUUUUACUGCCAAUCGAAGAGGGUGAUACCCAAUCUGUAUUACACAUGCGUAUGCAUUCGCACGCCCAUGGACAAACUCCGCAUUCACACAGUCAUUCGCACGGUUCACAGCAUCAUCAACAUUUAGCCCAUUACACUGGACCAUCAACAACAGUUCAUCACCACCAUGGCCGGGUUUCACCGAAAUUAGUACACCGUUAUUCGGGUAGUAGUAGUGGCGCUAGUUUCCAACACUCUCAUUUGCCGAAAUCGGCAACAGCGACUUUACCACUGGUUUUACAAAUAGAGGCAACACCACCGAAAAUACGCGACGAAAUUUCUGAUGCAGCUGCUGAAAAGCAACCAUUAACAGCGGGAGGCGAUUCAUGCGAUGAUGAGGAGCAUCAUCAUCAUCAUCAUCAUCGUCAUCAUCAUCCCCCUAUCGGUGCUUUAGAGCGCAAAUGUAGCGUAUAUCGUAUGAAACGUUACGACGCCUUUGACAUUGAAUCGGGCGGGGGUGUAAGGCGUCAAUUGAAAGAAUUGCAAUUUAAUCAACAGCAUCAACAGUACGAACCAUUACCAUCUGAAGAACCUCAUAUGGUAUUUAAAAGUUUUCCCAGUAGUGCUGGACGUAAAGUACAGAUGUGCGCAUAUUGCGAAGAAGGUAUUUGCGUCUGUGAACACAUUGAGUGUGCCCAGGGUCGAGCUGCUUGGUUGGAACGUGGACGACGGUGUAGUGUUCAGGAGGCUCAACAUCAAACUGUUAGUAGUAAACGCUGGGUAAAGAGAAAUCGGAUACAAGACGCAUCUCUAGGUGGCUCUUCUGAUGACGAAGAUCUUUUAGGCGUUUUGCGUGGACCUAGUACAUUUGCCAACGCUUUCCUAUAUGCGGGCUUGGGUACAAUAGCCCUCGGUUUGGUAAUCGCUUUUGUUGGUACUGGCGAGAAAGGCUUUAAAACUGUAGAAUUACGUCUUAUCGGACCGUCUUUAAUAGGCCUAGGCUUCAUUUGUUGCAUGUUGCGCAUCUUAUUUUGCAUUUGUCCUUCGCAUUGCCUGUCGUCAAAUAAAAAUUCUCGUCAAAAGAAUAUUAACAAAAUAGAUGCAGAUCACACAACGUCACUCUUGCAUGGAGAGAGCAAACGGGUGUCCAUUGCACGUGGACCCAAUCAACAGUCCCGUUACCCUUUCACUCAUAAACGCUCCAACACAAAAAUGAUUAAUGAAGGCAUGGAAGCCUUACGACAAAUAGCAACGACAUCUUUAUUUAUGCAAAAUGAACAAAAGCCAUUAACCAAUCGGAUAGUUCCUAUAAUAAAAGAGCCAGAGAACACAAAUGAUACUCCGCUGGAAAUGAAAAAGUUGAACGUUCUAGAAAGCAAAGAAGAUCAAAUAAACGUAAAUGAAGCGGACGAUAUCGUGCGCGAUUUGCCGAUACUGCCCGAUCAAUCGCCGCGAGAUUCGGACGUUUUAAAUCUUCGGCAAAGCACAAAUUCAACCGCACCCAUGAUUAGUGAUAAUAAAUAUGUAGGAGAUUUGUCAUCUUGUAGUGAGAGCAACAAUAGCUGUAAGCUGCUACGACAACGUGUAUCAAUUAAUCAAACAAAAAUGCCGGAGAAAGCAUUGUCACAAAUAUCUCCACUCACUACUCCUCUCAUUUCAAAAGACGAGAACCCCACGGAAUGUAAAUAUCAGAUGGAAACGUCAUUAAUGUAUUUAAAAAACCUAAAACUAGAAAACGGAGUUCGGUCCACUUUACCUGAAAAUAUUGUACAAACAGGCAGCCUAAUGCACUCAUCUCUUACUCCCAUACAUAACGCAUUAAGGAAUCAAACAACAAAACCCGCUGGUACAAGUGCUACCUACGCAGCUGCUUUAUCAGCCGUAAAUGCAAAUCGUGAACGCAAUGAAACUUUAAUAAGAGGACCUCUCGGCAUGCCAAUGCAUAUUUUGACUGCUACAAGUUCUACCAACACACAAACAACUUCAGCUUCUAUUCUAAAAUACACAACAAGCUCCUUAAUCCCUGCUCCACCACCAACGGUUCCAUGUUCAACAAAUGUAUGCCCCUUGAGAGUCAGUUCAGCACAUGAAAACAUACCGGGACAGAUAACAGAGGUGACGAAACAAGUAAAUCUUGUUUCCGGAUCAGCGUUAACAUUAGGAACACAGGCAAAUAAUGUAGCCUUUCCAUCUUCUUCCGCUGCUACUGUAACUGCAACAUACUCGGACAAUUUAUCUUCGAGAAACAUUCCGUUAAAUAUAUUUACUGGUUCAACGACGGCACCAACAAUCAAAUGUGAACCAGAACUUUUACUUAGUCCAGCGAAACUUGGUCAAUAAAUAUUAUAAGACAUUUUUCCCCGAUGAAAUUGUUAUUUAUUUACAAAUGCUUCGGUGUCGUCAUAGCCUUAAUAUUAAUUAACAUCUCGAACGGAGCAUUUUCUAUAUGAUCUCAGCAUGAAGUAAU